GAUUUCGGAGGGCCCUACUCGUCAGCGCCAGACUGAUACUGAGACGCUGUGUCUGCGCUGGAAUUUCCGGGCCGCACUACGACCCCCAGCAUGCACUGCGCGUGGCGGCGCGCUGGAGGGAAACCUCGCGGCCCGGGGGCGUGGCUGCGAGGAAGGGCUGAGCCCCGCCUGCUGUCGUUUGGAAGAUUGGUUCUGGACCACCUUCCCUAAAAGUGGGCUCUGAGAGGACCCAGCUAGCGAAACGGCGAGCCUUGUGAUUCUGCCACUAAGGCACGCCACUCCACCUCUGGCCAGUUUGGGUUCUUUCCCCAGUUUCCCGCCGGAACAGACUUUGGAAGUGGACCAACCGAAGCCGAGUUUUGCAGUCCCAGCCCACCGGAGGCGAGCGGUGCCAGAUUAACUUUGGAAAGGGUGGGUCGUCCAGGUUGGGGCCCGAGGGGAGCAGGGUGUACCAUCGGCCAGCAUGUCCCGUCGGACCCUUCUGUGCGCCUCCACUCCACGCGCCAGCUGCCUAGACCUGUGGAGGGAAAAGAACGAUCGACUUGUUCGACGGGCCAAGGAACUGGUGCCUCAGGAGUGUAGUCUAAGACGACAGCAGUUGACUCAAGACAUACUGGAGGGGCUCAGCGGGCUCCUCCACAGUCUGCAAGGGCUCCCUGCAGCUGUUUCUGUUCUUCCUUUGGAGCUGACUGUUACCUGUAACUUCAUUAUCCUGAGGGCAAGCCUGACCCAGGGUUUCACUGAAGACCAGGCCCAGGAUAUCCAACAGGCCUUAGAGAGAGUGCUGGAGACCCAGGAGCCGCUGGUUCCCAGGUUGGAACAGGGGCUCAGGGAGCUAUGGGACUCUGUUCUCCAUGCUUCCUCCCUCCUGCCGGAGCUGCUCCCUGCCCUGCACCUCUUGGCUGGCCUGCAGGCAGCCCUUUGGCUGAGCACUGACCAUCUUGGGGACCUGGCCUUGUUGUUGCAGGCGCUGAAUGGGAGCCAGAAUAGGGCCUCUGAGGAUCUGUUGCUGCUUCUAAAAACUUGGAGCCCUCCAGCUGAGGAAUCAGAUGCCCCAUUAAUCCUGCAGGAUGCCUGGGGUUUGAGAGAUGUACUUUUGACAGCAUCUGCUUUCCACCAAGGCCUCCAGGAGCUGAUCACAGGGAGCCUACCCAAGGCACUGAGUAGCCUGCAUGAAGCAGCCUCAGGCCUAUGUUCACGGCCUGUGCUGGUCCAGGUGUAUACAGCACUGGGGAACUGUCUCCGUAAGAUGGGAAAUCCACAGAGAGCACUGCUCUACUUGAUUGCAGCCUUAAAAGAGGGGUCAGCCUUGGGUCUUCCCCUUCUGGAGGCUUCCAGAUUAUAUCGGCAACUGGGGAACACAACAGCAGAGCUAGAGAGUCUGGAGCUGCUGUUUGAGGCCUUGAGUGUCACUCAUAAAUCUGAAGCUCCCCACAUUCUCAUUGAGGUAGAACUGCUACUCCCACAACCUGGCCCAGCCUCUCCCCUUCACUGUGGCACACAGAGCCAGGUCAAGCACCUACUAGCAAGCCGAUGUCUACAGAUGGGGAGGGCAGAAGAAGCUGCAGAGCAUUACUUGGACCUUUUGGCCCUGUUAUUGGAUGUCUCAGAGCCAAGGUUCUCCCCACCCCCAUGUCCCCCAGGACCCUGUAUGCCGGAGGUGUUCUUGGAGGCAGCAGUAGCACUGAUCAAGGCAGGCCGAGCCCAGGAUGCUUUGACUGUAUGUGAGGAGCUACUCAGCCGAACAUCAUCUCUGCUUCCUAAGAUGUCCUGGUUGUGGGAAGAUGUCCGAAAAGGAACCAAGGAACUGCCACACUGCCCACUCUGGGUCUCUGCUGCCCACCUGCUUCAGGGCCAGGCCUGGGUUCAACUGAGGGCCCAAAAAGAGGCAGUCGGUGAAUUUAGCCAUUGUCUUGAGCUGCUCUUCAGGGCCGUGCCUGAGGACAAAGACCAAGGAGGAGCUUCCAACUGUGAGCAGGGGUGUAGUUCAGAUGUGGCACUGCAACAUCUUCGGGCAGCCGCUCUGAUCAGUCGUGGACUGGAAUGGGUAGCCAGUGGCCAGGAUACCAAAGCCCUACAGGACUUCCUCCUCAGUGUGCAGGUGUGCCCAGGACACAGAGAUGCUUCGUUUCACCUGCUUCAGACUCUGAGGAAUCUGAAUCGGAGGGAUGAGGCCAAUGCUGUCUGGUGGAAGCUGAAGACCCAAACUCAGGUGCCACAGGAAGAAGCUACCUGGCAUCACCCUUUUUGAUCUCCAGGUCUCUCCCCCUGUACCUGGAAACAUAUUUGAGCUGGAUUCAUCCACCUGACUGUGAAACCCUCCUUGAAGAGUUUCAGACUUCGCUAACAGAGUCUUGUUGACCUACAGCCACCACAUUUCCAAGACCUUGGGCUGGGACCUCAAGCUCUCUGUGGGGAGAACGUUUUUCUGUCUUGCCCUGGAGAAUGUGGCUGAAGCUGACCAUUCCUAUAUAAAUCCUGUACUGGUGAGGUUGGAGAUAGUCCUAUGAAAUUUGGCCCAUUAUUGCCAUUCUGGUUCCAGAGCAAGCAUUGCCUACCACCAAGGAGUUAUUGCCUUUGAUCAUGGCACCUUUUUUCCUGUUUUCUUUUUUCUUGUGUUGAGUAGAACUCAUGUUUCUUUUUCUUUUCUUUUUUGAGACAGGGUCUCACUAUGUAGUUCAGGGUGGGCUUGGACUCACUGUGUAACCCAGGCUGGCCUUGAACUCGUAGCAGUCCUCCUGCCUCAGCCUCCUGAAUGCUGGGAUUACAGGCGUGCACCACCAUGCCUGGCAAACUCAUGUUUCUUGUCUGCCUACUACACAUAGUUGAGUGUUGGUUGCCUAAGAUCCCUCUCCCAACUUUUUUUUUUUUUUGCAGGGGAUAGGGGAGUAGUGCUGGGGAUUGAACCCCGGGCCUCACAAAUGAACCCCUAGCUCUUCAACAUCUGUUUUAUGAGCUUCAGGUAUAGGUAUGAGAAAAACUAACCCUUCCUCUGGAACCAGUACUUUAGCCCUUUCCAUUGCCUAAAACCAGGGCCUCAAAGUGCAGGAUCCUGUGCUAGGUGAGUGUGAGUGGAGUUAGGUCUGGUGGGUGAUCUAGAUGGGCCUCUCAAGACAUGGCAGGUAUGGUACUUUAUACUGAAUAGAGAUGGGCAGUCUUCUGCUCUCCCUACCCUGUCCUUACUAGAAAUUGAAUCUCAGCCAAAUGUGUCUGUGUGGUAGAAGGAUGAAUUGAGUCAACAUUCACCAAGAGCCAGCAGUCAUCUUGGGCCAGCAGUCAUCUUGGGCCCAAAGACUUCUAGUCCCAGCAUACAAUUUUCUUGCUGCCUUGGGCUGUAUUGAAUCUGCUGUGUUCUGUGGUUGUCCUUUGACCUCUCUGGACUUGAAUGCCCUGGAGUGUAAUAGGAAUUAGUGAGACAGGAGUUAGGGUUCUAUUGAUCACAGGUUCUAUUAAGGACAGUGGCCCCAAAAUGGAGUCUGGUGAGUCAAGACCCACCAAGGACCUUACAAAAUGUGACAGCUGUCCUGCUGGCCGGGGCCUCCCCAGAGCAUGACUAGACAGCCAACCCAUUGGCUCAAGGGCACAUAGGUCUUGCAUGGACACUGAGUGAACACUGCAUAGAUUGGACCCUAAAAAAUAAGUAGUCUUCUAGGGCGAGAUUAUAUUGUUUACACAACGGCUCAAGCUGCCUUCUAAAUCCCUUAAAACCCCUUAGACAAAGAAAGAGCACUCGUGGUUAUCCAGAGUGGGAGCUUUACACCUUACUUUUGUAUCUUUUAAAUAAAUUUGCUUGCACCCUA